CGGCCUCGCCCCGCCCCUCGUACGUGUCGUCAGCGCCGCGAGACGCGACGCCUGCGCAGGACGGCGCGUUGGGUUAGCCCGGAGUGUGUGUGCUGUACCUGCGGUCGCCUUCGUUCCCCAGUGGCCGGCGGAAGCCCGGACGCUGGGAGUCGAGGUUCUCCGCAGGUUGCACACCAGGCCAGUGGCUGAUCCUGAGCCUCCAUGUACCACAGGGGCCCCCCGGGAAGAAUGGCCACCAUGGGCAGUCUGCUUGGGUAAGCAGGGACUUCCAGGCCCCUAGGGACUGCUGUCAUGGGGCCGCCUAGCCAGCGUGUUUAUCUGAAGAGUACGUACAAGUACAUACAGAUGAUAUGCCUACUGCGGCAGCACAUGCUGAUGGGGGCUGCCCCUGCGUGUCGCCACCUGCACCUGUCCUCCCAGAUCGCUGACAGCAACAGGGCCUCACUCACGCGCGUGCGCCGGCAAGCCUAUGCGCGCCUCUACCCCGUGCUCCUGGUCAAGCAGGAUGGCUCCACCAUCCACAUCCGCUAUCGGGAGCCACGGCGAAUGCUUGAGAUGCCCAUGGAUCUGGACGCCCUGUCCUCAGAGGAGAGGAGGGCCCGGUUCCGGAAACGCAUGGCCCAGCUCACAGAGCAAAAGCAGCAGGAGCCAGAGCUGGGCGACGACUUUGAUGUGGAGCGGUACAAGCAGUUUUGGACCAAAAAGUGACUGUGCCUGGAAGCUGGCUGGGUUGGGGACACCGUGGGCGGGGAGGGUGAGCCUUUAAACAUGGUGUGUUCACAAAGCC